UGUCAUCUUCUAGAACGUCUGUGUGCCGCUCAGUCAGACAGGCAGGACACAGCCGCCGCCGCUUGGAGAACACAUCCACGCUCUUAUCUGCAGAAGAUGACGGAACAGGGUGAAGGAGCGAGGACUUUGGAGGAACAGCAGGAAAUGGAGGACAAAGUCAUCAGUCCGGAGAAGGCAGAGGAGGCCAAGCUGAAGGCCAGAUUUCCCAACAUAGGAGCCAAGCCCGGGGGUUCGGACUUCCUCAGGAAAAGACUCCAGAAAGGGCAAAAGUAUUUUGACUCUGGGGACUACAACAUGGCCCAGGCCAAGAUGAAGAACAAGCCGCUGCCGUCAGCGCCAGCGGAGAAGACGGAGAUCACAGGGGACCACAUUCCGACCCCCCAGGACCUGCCUCAGAGAAAGACCUCCAUCGUGGCCAGCAAGCUAGCCGUUUGAUGCCUUUUAUGUUCACUCAUUACCAUUCCAUCGCUCAUGAUCUAUCUACCUGCUCUUUUUAGUCAUCGUUCCCCCCCCCCCCCCCCCCCCAAUGUGUGUAUUGUCUUAGCACUAUUUACAUAAAUUAGCCAAAUAAACAGUUACCAAACUGUCAUAAGUCCAAAAAUGUAACAAAAAUGUUGAAGACCUUAAGCGAGUACUUACUGUCUGCUCGGCAAACAAAAAUUGUAAUCUAAUCAGGAUUUAGCUUUGAGGUUUGCAUUGAAAGGAUAACAUGCUUCCAUGUAUUAACAGUCAGUUUGUGCAGAGGUAGUGUUUACAUGAUUGCGUAGGAAUCUAGUGAGAUCUGGCUAUUUAUAAUUAAGAUUAACAGCACUAUGAAUGGAGAAAGGUGGUUCUGCAUAGAGGUUUGUGAGAAAUGGGCUUGUAAUUUAGAGAUCUGCUCCUAAACUUAACCAAUUUAAAUAGUGACCUAUUCAGGCUUUAUUAUUCCUUUUUUUUCUUUAAGUCAUAUGUACCUUUCUGGUUCUGUGUGUCUCUUUUAUUCUGCACUUUUUAAGUGCUGCUCACUAGCUUGUAUUCAUUUGCGUCAAACUCCUGUUAAUAAUACCGUUAACGACAUGCUGCUGGUCUCCACCUCAUACUGACCUCUGAAAUAUGGCCUUAAAGUAAUGAACAGUCGUUCCUCUUGAGCAAUAUUUGCUCCCUCCGUGAGAAUCUUGCCUGACGCGUCUUUCUGCUGUUUGACUGGAUUCACUUUGGAUGACAAGGAAAGAAAUUCCCAGCUCAUGUCUGGAGCGUGCAUGUAUGUUUACUGUGCAGAUAUGCUGUGCCAUUUGGUUUUUGUAAAUAAAAUAGUUUUGCAUAAUAUCUUACAUUCA